AUGGAUGGAGAAAACACAAGUUCUCCUAGCACAUUAGUCUUGUUAGGCUUUUCCGAGCAUCCAUGGCUGGAGACUCCCCUCUUUGGAGCGGUCUUGGUCUCCUACAUGCUCACCCUGAUUGGCAACAGCUCCAUCAUUCUUCUCUCCCUGGUGGAUCCCAGACUCCACACCCCCAUGUACUUCUUCCUGGACAAUCUCUCUGUGCUGGACCUCUGUGUCACCUGCACCAUUGUGCCACAGCUGCUGGCCAACCUCUGGGGACCAGAGAAGACAAUCUCUUCCUGGGGUUGCAUCGUGCAGGCCUACCUCUUCCACUGGACGGGCUGCACGGAGUGUGCCCUGCUGGCAGUGAUGGCUUUCGACCGCUAUGUGGCUAUCUGCAAACCCCUCCAGUACACUCUCAUCAUGAGUCCCCGGCUGUGUAUGCAGAUGGCAGCUGCAGCCUGGGCCAGUGGACUGGCCAAUUCCCUACUCCAAGCCACACUCACCUUCCAGCUUCACCGCUGUGGUCGCCACACCCUGGAUCACUUCUUCUGUGAGGUGCCUGUUCUGAUCAAGCUGGCCUGUAGUGACAUCACUGCUAAUGACCUGUCCCUGGCUGUGGGAGCUGUCCCCUUCGCACUAGUGGCUCCCCUACUUGUGCUCAUCUCCUACGCUCUCAUUGCUAGGGCAGUGCUGAGGUUACCUUCAGCUGAAGGAAGGUGGAAGGCUCUCAUCACCUGCAGUUCCCAUCUGGCAGUCGUCAUCAUGUACUUUGGGCCAGCAAUCUACAUGUACCUCCAGCCCCCUGCCAGUAGUACCCAGGCCAAGUUCACAUCUUUAUUCUACUGUGUUAUGACUCCGCUGCUUAAUCCACUCAUCUACACCCUGAGAAAUAAGGAUGUGAAGAGAGCAUGGAGGAGGAUCCUACAAUCCCAGGGUAGGGGGAAGUCUUAA